AUGUCAGCAACAUCCUCCAUAUUAAAAGCCAUUCUCAAAUACAUUCCGAAACUGGACGGCAAUUGGCAUAUUACCAUUCUUAUACUCAAUAUUAUAUUUCCUGGAAUUGGAACUCUUGUUGCUGCUUGUGUGUCCAAAAAAAAGAAGAAAUACAGUAUCAUAUUUGGGUUGUUGCAAUUCUUCACUUCGUUUUUAUUAGUGGGGUGGAUAUGGAGCGUGGUAUGGGGAAUUUUCAUGUUCAAACGAAAUACAGGAGCUGCUAAAUUGACACCUGACAUUUAA